AUGCCAUUGCCCACUGUGGCAGUGGCCAUGCCUCAGGAGAACAACACCAGCCUCCAUCCAUCGGCCCCCAGGAAUAUGGUUGUGGAGCAAUCUUUGGGAGAUCUUCAGCCAUCGGUAACUGUGUGGCAGCAGAAGCAGCGGCAGAGAUCCCAGCUUGGCGCUGUCAAUGCUGCUCUGCUGGCGGUUGUGUGCUUAGCAGUAGCAUUUGUCGUGCUUCAGUGUGUACGGAACGCCCCCGGCUCGAUCUCGUUUGUUUCUGGGGGGAAAAGGGCCCUUUCGGAUUCAGAGUUAGAGGAACCGUGGAUGGAACGCUGCAUUGAAAACGCAGACGAAGAAGGGGAGGAGGGAGGUGAUGCGGAGGCAGUACAAGAGGAAACCCUUACAGAGGGAGCAGGAGAGUCAAAGGCUCUGCAAGCACUAGAACAGCUGAGAUGCGUCGUGAACCUCGGGCUGCAAACAAUGCCGUGUCUUCCCUUUGAUAAAAAGGCAUAUCUACUUGUCUUACUAUUGGCGAUCAGCACACAGGAGUUGGUUUUAUACGGGGUUUAUUCAACUCCUCAAGUAGAGUUAGAAAGGCAGAGAACAAUGGACUUCAUUCUGAGUGUGGGGAAGCAGGCGGUGGCAGCACUAGAAGCUGAUGACCAGCGAUUGACUACAAGGCGACGCAGGAGGAGAAUGUUAAAGCUAUUGGAACAAUUUAGAACUGCUCGGCAGCAGUCGAACCUUGAUGCAUUAGCUGUGGAGGCAACCAUAUCCGUGUACAGAAUCACACAGUGCAAAGAGGCUCUACACCUCCUGCAAUCCUGGGUAGAAGGCUCCACUCCGAUCCCUAGGGAUGUAUGGGUACGAGCUCUCAGGGUUCUUUCGUUUACACGACAGACAGGUGAAGGGAGACUUAGAGCAGACGCCACUGCAAAUUCCUGGAUAGAGGCCGCGCAAGCAGGUCUUGGCUUCCUUCGGCCUAACAAAGUGCGAAAAGUGCAGAGCCACAUGUCAAUAGAAGAGCAAAUGCGGAAACUUAUGCCGCGCUACAGGCGUCUCGCCAGAGCGCUUGUCCAAAGCAUUGAAUCUGCUACUACAGAUCAGCCGCUAGACCACCACGUGCAAGCACAGAGCCUGCAAAGGGAGGAACAGGGAAAUCAUCUGCUGGAAAAUCGCCGGAAAGACCUAAGCCAGAAGGGGGAGCAGCAGGAAAACAACGAACAUCAAUUAUUCCACCAGCAACAGAGCCCGUCGAGCAGCCACAUUUCCGACAACGAUAGUGCUCCUAGGCGCAUAUCCCAACCUGUUGCUGAGAAUCAGCGAAAUCAGCCGCUUGAACAUCACCAUGAAGACCUAAGCCGGCAGGGGGACCAGCAGCAACAAAAGGACAAUCAAACACUCCACGAGCAACAGCAUCCGUCGACCAGCCACAUUUCUGACAACAAUGAUGAUUCUAGACCCACCUCCCAACCUGUUGUUGAUCAACCAGCUACUGUGACAAACAGUGUACUGGCACACGCCUUGCAUCAUCCACUCCCCUCUCCUGUCCCCCGCCAAGGACCCCUGCUGACUACAAGUAACACGUUGGUGAACCUGCCAUUGCUCGACCCAACUCAGUCGUCUCCUGCAGACUCGCAACAAAACAUUCCCAUUGCCCAUGCAGAGCGUUGGGAGCAAUCCCCUCCCCACUCCACUCCAAGUGGGUACGAAUCGCAGCAAGCUACAAUGGCCCAAGAAUGGUCCAUUUUCAAUUCUUCUACGGCAAAUUCUGUUCUCCGAGCAGAUGCACCCUUGUUCACACCGACAGUAUAUCGCCAUCAAGCGGGUAUGCAGCAUCAUAUACACCCUGUCUCUUCUGAUGCCAGUUAUGUUUGGUGGUACGCUCCAUCUCCCUUUGGCUUUGAAGUGGAUUCACUAGCAGCUUUCCCUCGCCCUCUUCCCUUGCCGCGCCCAAUACCCGCGGCUACUCUGAGCCCCAGUGGAUAUAUCAGAACGAUGUUCCCGCUAACAGCGUCUUCAACUGGAAGCCCUACUCCACGGCAUCCUCUUCCAACACCCCAAUUCCCAUCGCCUAGACCUUCCGCUGACCCCUCGAGACCUCCUCAACCCACUGAAGGACUGUCUCUUCGUUUUUCCAGACCCAUCCUUCAUAGUCCCCCUUCAGACGUUCCACGGCACGGCCCUGAACCUUCCGCUCUAUUUUCUGGAAGUCGGCGAUCUAUACCUAGUUGGCGAUUCGAACCUCCUAGAGCCUUUUGGCCACCUACAGGUGGGGGCGCCCAAGGAGAUGUUCAUUCGCCCUCUCCGCACAGUCUAGUGGACCUCAACCCCGUCAUGACUCUGGUUGCUGAAGCAUUUCCAUCAGCGCAGUCCGAUUCAGAUUCGCCUACGGGAUCUGGGCAAAGACAACACCUGGAUCAAGGAUGGCCACACGUCCCUGGUUCUGACCGUCCCUGA